GCAAAAAAGUCUCUCUUCCAUUGGAACAUUGUCGGGAUUGUUUCUUUUUAAUGCCUCUUCAUCAUGAGAAAUCUGCCGUGAGCCAAAGACGAGAACAUGGAAAUACCCGCAGCUUCAGAAUAAUGCAACUUCAGAGCACGGGCGACGCCCAUCUCCCAAGCCUCCUGCGAUCCUGCAUCGACCAUAAAUCCUACUCGACUGGCAAGCUCCUCCAUGCCCGCAUCCUCCGCCUCGGCCUCCUCAACGCCACCUUCCUCUGCAACCGCCUCGUCGAGUUGUACUCCGCAUGCAGCAAGACGAGGUACGCUCACUUAGUGUUCGACAGCACGCCCCAUAAGGACAUUUAUACAUGGAAUGCGAUUCUGGGUGCUUAUUGCAAGGCUGGAGAAUUGCAAUCCGCGCGCCAACUGUUCGACGCAAUGCCUGAAAGAAACUCCUUCUCAUGGAACAACGUGAUUAGCUCCUUAGUCAGAAAUGGGUUCGAACAGGAGGCCGUGGACGUUUAUCGUUCCAUGAUAUGCGAAGGUUUUGUGCCUACUCGUUUCACUUUGGCCAGUGUGUUCAGCGCCUGUGGUGCUUUGUUGGAUGUAGAGGUUGGCAGGAGGUGUCAUGGGCUUGCUUUAAAGAUCGGUCUUGAGAAGAAUAUUUAUGUUGGUAAUGCUUUAUUGUGUAUGUACGCUAAGUGUGGGCUCAUUGAAGAUGCCAUUUGGGCUUUUAGAGAUUUGCCUGAUCCCAAUGAGGUUUCUUUUACGGCAAUGAUGCAUGGCCUAGCGCAAGCUGAUAGAGUUCCAGAGGCCAUUGAGAUGUUUAGAUUGAUGUGCAGACAGGGAAUAUGUAUUGAUUCCAUUGCCCUAUCAAGUGUUUUGGGUGUUUGUUCUAGUGGGGAAUAUGAUGAAUCUUUCCUAGAUAGUUGUGGUGGUGGGCUUUCGUGCAUACUUCAGGGCCAGCAAAUGCAUUCUCUCAUGAUUAAACUUGGCUGUGGGAAUGAUAUCCACUUGAGCAACGCAAUAAUUCAUAUGUAUGCAAAGAAUGGGGACAUGGAUAGCGCCGAGCUGAUGUUUGGUAAUAUGUCAGAGAUUAGUGUAGUUACUUGGAAUCUGAUGAUUGCUGGGUAUGGUAACAAAUGUGAAAGUGACAAGGCGAUAAAACAUAUGCAGAGAAUGCAGUGUUGCGGUUUUGAACCGAAUGAAGUCACCUUUAUAAAUGUGCUUGUGGCAUGUGUAAAAUCUGGGGAUGUUGAAAUGGGGAGUCAAAUUUUUGAUAAGAUGUCGUUUCCCGCAGUUAGUUCCUGGAAUGCCAUGCUGUCUGGGUAUUUUCAGAGUGGGAACAACAUUGAGGUGAUAAAGCUCUUCCGAAAGAUGCAAUUUCUUGGUGUGAGACCUGAUCGAACAUCUUUAGCUAUUAUUCUUAGCUCAUGUGCAGGGCUUGAGGUUUUGGAGUUUGGGAGACAGGUGCAUGCAGCCUCCCUGAAGGCGGCCGGUGAUGCAGAUGUAUAUGUUGCCAGUGGACUCAUAACCAUGUACUCAAAUUGUGGAAAGAUAGAGCUAGCAAAGCUCAUAUUGCGUAAAACAACCAAACUAGAUAGUGUUUGCUGGAAUUCAAUGAUGGCGGGCCUUGUGCUUAAUUCCCUGGACAUAGAAGCUGCUGUAUGCUUUAAGCAGAUGCGGCAAAUGGAGAUGCUUCCUACUGAAUCUUCUUAUGCUACCAUGUUGAGCUGUUGUGGCAAAUUUUCUUCUGCAUUUUAUGGGAGGCAGGUGCAUGCUCAAAUAGUUAAAGAUGGAUAUACAAGUGAUGUAUGCAUAGGAAGUGCUCUUGUUCGUAUGUAUUGUAAACAUGGUGACAUAGAAGGUGCUCGGAGGUUCUUUGAUAUGAUGCCCUUUAAAAACACUGUUACAUGGAAUGAGAUGGUACAUGGAUAUGCACAGAAUGGCUUUGGACAUGAAGCUGUUUGCCUCUAUGAAAAUAUGAUUGGUUUGGGCGUGAAAGCAGACAGCAUUACCUUCGUUGCUGUUUUAACUGCCUGUAGUCAUGGUGGGCUUGUUGAUGCUGGAAUCAGUAUAUUCAAUUCGAUGUGGCAAGAACAUGGUGUGGAACCUCUUUUGGAUCAUUACGUAUGCAUAGUCGACUGUUUGGGACGAGCCGGGCGCUUCAAUGAAGUGGAAGUGCUCAUAGAUAAGAUGCCAUAUAGAGAUGAUCCACUUUUGUGGGAGGUUCUACUUAGUUCUUGUAGGGUCCAUGCUAAUGUGAGUUUAGCCAAAAAAGCAGCUGGAGAACUUCUCCAUCUGGACCCACAAAAUUCAGCACCUUAUUUGCUUCUUGCCAACAUCUACUGUUCAUUGGGAAGGUGGGAUGAAGCAAGGGCAGUGAGAAACCAAAUGAAUGAUAACCAGAUUGCUAAAGAUCCAGGCCACAGUUGGAUUGAUAUUAAGCAUGACGCACAAACCUUCCUCUAGUAUAAUUGUAAGAUGGUUGAAUACAAAAUUGAAACAUGUUAACCUGUCAAAAACAGAAUGUGGUGAAGCAGUUCUUGGGCGACUAUUGUUUUCCAAAGAUUUGGCUGGCAAGAGGCCAAGAAGCAUGAGAUGAUUAGAUCAGAUACAGUCUUGCAGACGUCCGGUGGAGAAUUGCACUGAUCUCUAUUUAAGCAACUGAGUCUCAAACAGGUUUAGAUCAGAAGCAGUCUUGCAGCCAUGUGUGGGUGAAUUGAACUGAUCAUAUCCUAUGUAACUGGGUGUCCUGCCAAAAAGGGAAUCAUCACCCUAUCCAGAAUAACCUCAUGGAAAACCAAAAGGCACAUCAAGGUAUUAAGCAUGAGACACAAACCUUCCUCUAGUAUAAUUGUAAGAUGGUCGAAGACAAAAUUGAAACAUGGUAACCUGUCAUAAACAGAAUUAGGUGAAGCAGUUCUUGAGCGACUAUUGUUUUCCAAAGAUUUGGCUGGCGAGAGGCCAAGAAGCAUGAGAUGAUUCGCUCAGAUACAGUCUUGCAGACAUCCGGUGGAGAAUUGCACUGAUCUCUAUUUAAGCAACUGAGUCUCAAACAGCUUUAGAUCAGAUGCAGUCUUGCAGCCAUGCGGGGGCGAAUUGUACUGAUCUAUAUCCUAAGCAACUGGGUGUCCUGCUGAAAAGGGAAUCAUCACCUUAUCCAGAAUGACCUCAUGGAAAACCAAAAGGCGCGUCAAGCUUGGUGUGAAGGAAAGCUUGAUGAAUAAAGCUGUAGCAGCACUUAGAUCUGGCCAUCUCAGUCUGAAACUCGGAAGAGAAAUGGUUUUUCAAAUCCUGAGAGAGUUUUUUAAAUUCUGAUAUUGGAAGGAUGCAGUCUUGUGGCACAGCUGCACUAGAAAUGUUACUCACCUUGGUGCCCUUGGAUGAAUGAAGUGGAAAACAUAACUCUGGUGGGGUGUUACCGACUCAAGACCUUAAAAUUGAGUCCUUGAGUUGGGGGCCCAUGUCAUAAAGGCUUCCUA